AUAUCAUUUAUAGAGACAUGACAGAGUUUCCAAAGAAGGAAGCUUUGACACAGACACAAACUAAAGUACUUGAGUAAAUGUACUUAGUUACAUGUGAGCACAUGGUGCCUCAGCAGGCUGACACUUCACAACUGACUGAGGGUCAGAAAAGUGAAAGUGAAAGUGUGAAAGUGAAACCAAGACUUGUUUGUGUCGAAGCAGCAAAGUGACUCCAGCUGUCUCUGUUCUGCCAAACGAAAAACAGGACAGCCUUCCUCCUCCUCCACCUCCUCCUCCACCUCCUCCUCCUCCUCCUGUCAGCACCAUGCCGGACACCAAGCUGUGUCUGGAGGCUCUGUCGGCUCUCUCCGGCUGCAACGUCGAGUCCACCAGCGGGUCCUCCCUGCUCACCCCGCAGGACUUUGUCAACAUCGUGGCCCUCAAAGAGUUUUACAAGCAGCAGGGCUUUCAGGAGCUGGAGUACCCGAGUUUAGGGACUCUGUCCCUGCGGGACAUUGAGGACCAGGACAUGUACAGCUCCCCUCAGGCGCUGACUGAAGGUCCCAGCACCGCCGGGCCUGCGGAGAGCCUCAGACCUACCGUGAAGAUCAACCCGCAGGACUUCUUCCACCCUCAGUAUGACUACGACUUCACCCACAUCAAGGACGGCAACACCAAGUUCCUUCGUGGUAAUGAGCAGUACACUCGUCCCUGUGGGUGGAACCGGGCCGCUCUGCGGGUCAUGCAGAAAUACGAUAGUGGGGAUCAAUGGCUCGGGACGGGGAAAGACGCCUGGCCCGUCUCCUACAGCGGGCACAACAUGGAUGGCUCCCUCGGCGUCAUCCUGGUCCACAGUGGGAAACCCGACGAAGAGCCCAAGUUUCUGGAUGCCGCCGCCGCCUCUCUGGUCACCGACGAGAAGAAGGGCAGAGGGGUGUACUCCACGCCAGAGAUCAAGACCGCGGAGAAAUACUGCAAGACCUUCAAGUCCAAAGUGGACGGGAAGACGUACAAAGUGGUUCUUCAGAACCGCAUUAACCCAGAGAAGAGGGCGAAGUGCCAGAGAGAAGACAUCUGGUUGGUUUACAUCCCUGAAGGCACCAACGAUGUCCAGACGAGGGCCAUUGUGCAGACGUCCAUCCGACCUUACGGGCUGCUGCUGAAGCAGGUGUGAGGAAACUCCUGAUCUGUAUCUUCAGAGAUGAAUUCAACUUGAAGAUUUCUUGAUUAUCAACUAAAAAACCUCAAAAAAAAUGAUUUCUCACUUUUCCACUGAGGUUAUGUCUAUGCUGUUGAAGAGGUUUAUAAAAGUCGGGUUUCCAAGUUUGAUCAAGACUCAAAUUGUUUGUUGGGGAUGUCGUAGACAAAGAACUUACAUUUUAUAAAAUGCUAAUACUAAUACUGCUUCUUUCCUACUUCAUUGACUAAGGCCAUAUUUUGGCUUUGUUUGUGAUAAAUAUAACUGCUGCUGUGAAACCACACCGCCGCUGUCAAAACGCACUAACCCUGUUCAAAUGAAUAAAAAAUCCAUGUAGCAGCGCCGGGUUUGGUCUGAAUGGGGUUUUGCUCUAUCAGGGACUUUCUGCUGCCUUAUUCUAGGAAUCAGUUUCACUUCGUUUGAAAUACAGGUGUGUUACGAUCGAGGAGUGUAAUGAGUAUGCAAAUAUGGUUUCAUCUGUAAACAUCCCAGCAGCAGUUUAGCUCUCUGUGUGAUGUGUUUAAAUGUAAGAAAAGACUGUGGGAAAAGAGCAAGAUGCAAUACUGAAGCUGGUCCUGAGGCCUCUCUGAAGCUGAUCUGUGAGAUAUAACGUGAUAGUUCUGCCUAAUAUACAAACACAUUCUUCAUGAUAUGAAAUGACUUGAACUGAACUGAGUUGAUGAUCGUUUCCUGGUUCGUUAUUAAACCAAACAUGGGUUUAUUAUUCCAGUAUUACAGAUUUCAGCUGAGUGUUUAAUCGUUGAAUGGUUACACAGUUUUUUAAUGAACAUGUUUCUUUGUCUGUAUGACACCUUAUUUUCUGUUUUUCUGUAUGUAUGUAAGAUCUGUGAACAAAUCAUUCUAUUAAAUAUUAUGCAGACUA